AUGGAUAUGCAGGUGCCUCAUGAGUCUCUGCUGCUUGCGUCUGCUGUAAAUCCAGUGCUAGACCUCGUGGCACUCGUAAGCCGCGAGGCCCCACCAGAAAAGCCAGCAUCGACCCUCCCGCCUGGGGUCAAUGCAGCCCAGGCUGCCAUGCGGCAACGCGUCUUGGACAUGCAGGCGCGCAAGAAAGGACAACUCGCUCAUCCAGCUUCGUCUUCCAUUAGUGUUCAGUCUGGACCGACUGUACGCAUCUCAGUCUGGCGCACAGGAAAAUAUCCUUCUCCCGUCUGGGAUAAACCCUUUGAAUUGCCACCUGGGCCACCGGGGGCAACGAGUCAAUCCCUUCAAGUGCUGAGCAUGACCUGGGCUCCCAAAGGCGACCGUCUUGCUGUGCGCGCGUGCAUUACAAACAUUCUUGGUGGAACUCCUCAUCAUACCCUUCUCUUGUAUCUACUCUCUGUGUACGAUGGUGGCCUGUUGCAUGCCCGUCUAGUUCCCUGUUCACACCCCCCAUCGCACGCGUCUCUGCUUUGGAUACCCCUCAGGCUUUCUGGCUCCCUUGAUUCACAAGCACUGCAUAUUCUUCAACGACUGGCUCCACUAUACCCUGCUCAACCUUUUGACGAUGACAAGGCUCGAUGGCACGGAUCAUCCCUUCCCCACUCGCCACCCGGUGAAUCACCCAGCGCCGCGUGUGUGCGUGGCAUCGGUGUUCUUGCAUCAAUACCCUUUAUGCUUCGCCUUGACGAGGAUGCACCGUCCCUCCUCCUCUCUGCCGAAAACCAAGCGAUCGAAGCUUGGAUGGAUGGUACGGUGCCGCUAGCCCCUACGGUCCUCCCGGGCUCCAUUCUUUCGCUGGCCGCCGCGGAUCACUCGGCCAGCGCCCUCAUCCACGAUGCAUCUUCUCUUCGCACAUUCCGUAUAUCUCUACCAUGGGAUAUUUCGUUCCUCCAUAUCGCGCGUCUCUCUUCGUCCUUCCAACACUGCCUUGCUAUCGCUCUCGAUGCCACCUUUUACGCCACACAUGCUUGGUCUACUUUUGUUCGCCCCCGAGCUAACGAGUGGCUCGCUCUUUGGCAUGACCUGGCGAAUGCCUAUGGUGUCGACAUUGUGGCAGACUGGAUGACGCUCCUCACUACGGCUCUUCCUUCUCAGCCAUGCGAGCAACUUCUUUCUCAGCUUACCGAGGGCGCACUCAUUGCUAUGGAAUCUGACAUGAAACGCGGUCUCAAGCGGAUUCGUCGCCUGGCCGCGACGAAUGUCGUACCGGCAUGCGAGCGUCUUUUGAUUCUUUUGACUGAAUGGAUGGGCUGUGCUUCUUGGUCCACCCGUUACCCGCCCUCAUCACCCCGUAUCUCAUCUCUCAUUUCUCUUAUUCAGACUUGUCAUGGUUUGGCUAUCUCGCUACAAGAGCAUGCCGAGCGUGAACUCCUUGCCUUUGAUGAGUUUUACAAAUGGUGGCGCUAUGAGCAAGAGCGCUUGGAGCGAGCCAAAUCAGACAUCCCGUCGGCCCACGUUCCGAUCCAGCAUGAUACCCUCUCGGUCCUUGAGCUUUGUCGACGUGGCUUUCUUUCACCAGAGCUAGACGCUAUUCUAUCAGCUCCCGCGCAGGAGGCAGCACCUGCACCACCCGGUCAGGCAACCGAUAACGCUGCCGACUCAUCCGACGACAGUCAUGCUAUCUCUGAGCCCUUGUUCCCUCCUCAACGCGUCUUGUAUGAAGAGACACGUCCACUCCAUGAACCCUCUUGCGUCACAGUCCAAGAUGCCCUUGCAUGGCUCGAUGCACAGGAAGCGUCAGAAUCGAACCAGUCUCAGCCUGCCGAUGAUCAAUGGCACCAAGUCUUUCACCACACCUCCCUAUUUACGGGUCCAGCCGCCUCAGCAGAGCCGCACAUGCUUCCUGGCCACGCGCUUUCCCUUUUCCAGCAGUUAGAGGACGCAGGAAAGGCUGCCGGACAUAUCUUCUCAGCUGCCCUUUUGCACGAGUCCACAUCGUCUUCCGAAUGUGCCGAUCCUUGGCCCAUGCCUGCAUCCCCAUGCCUGCAUGACGAUGCGCUCCGUUCAGUUGCGGCAAAUGCUGCGGCGCACGUCGCAUCUCACAUCCCUCGUCCUAUGAUGCGAGCCAUUCCCACUCAACGAGAUACCCACACGCACCUGUACUUGUCGGAUACCCAACUCUCCCUUGUGCAAGUGUCGUCCUCUCCUUGUGCCGUGCAAACGAUACAAGUACCUUCGGGCGGGCAACUUUUAGACGCGACCUUAUCGCCGCUCUACCUGUUUGUGCUCUGGGUGGACGCUGAGCAAUCUACGUACGUGGGCGCUUUUCCAGCGUCACGCACACCCUCUUGGCCCCCUCCGCACUCUGUGCCCAUGCACCGGGGCCGGUUCCUCGCCGCUUCGCAACGUGAUGCAUGCCUCGUGCUCAAAGAAGAUAAACGCUCGCUAUCAGUGUAUGUACCUUGA